AUGCCACGCAAGCCUCGACGCCGCUUCCUCAACAACAACGACGACAGCGACGCGCACAUGAACGUUCUCGCGCGUUGCCUGAAAGGCCGAGAGCGCGCUCGAGAUCGGCUAAUUGCUCGUCCUCGAUACAUCGACGAGGAAAUUGAAGUGAUGGAAGUCGCCUGA